AAAAUCGACCCUGACGUGGCGGCCUUCCUCCAGGAGCUCCGAGGCCGCGUGAAGAUCGGGGUGGUGGGCGGCUCGGACUACUCCAAGAUCGCCGAGCAGCUGGGCGAGGGCGAUGAGGUCAUAGAGAAGUUCGAUUACGUCUUCGCCGAGAACGGGACGGUGCAGUACAAAAACGGACGGCUGCUCUCCAAGCAGACCAUCCAGAACCACCUCGGGGAGGAGCUGCUGCAGGACCUCAUCAACUUCUGCCUCAACUACAUGGCGCUGCUGAAGCUGCCCAAGAAGCGCGGGACCUUCAUUGAGUUCCGGAACGGGAUGCUGAACGUGUCCCCCAUCGGCCGGAGCUGUACCCUGGAGGAGAGGAUUGAGUUCUCGGAGCUGGACAAGAAAGAAAGGAUCCGGGAGAAGUUCGUGGAGGCCCUCAAGACAGAGUUUGCCGGCAAGGGGCUGAGGUUCUCCCGAGGCGGCAUGAUCAGCUUCGACGUGUUCCCCGAGGGCUGGGACAAGCGCUACUGCCUGGACCGCCUGGACCAGGAGAGCUUCGACACCAUCCACUUCUUUGGGAACGAGACCAGCCCGGGAGGAAAUGACUACGAGAUUUACGACGACCCCCGCACGGUGGGCCACAGCGUGGUCUCCCCCCAGGACACGGUGCAGCGGUGCCGGGAGCUCUUCUUCCCGGAGAGCGCCCAUGAGGCGUGAGGCUGGCGGCUUCGCCACCGGCUUCGUAGUGUCGGGGGAGGGUGACCCGGGCGGCGGGCCUGCCCCCCUCCCUGCCCCCCCUUUUGCCCCUUCUCCGUAGAGGAAGAGCAUCCCCCGCGGGCCUGCUGGGAAGGACUGGGCCGGCGUCCUGGGUCGCUGGGGGCCCGCUGAGCUGUGUCAUGUUGGCAGGGACCGACACGGAUGUGGGGGAGGGCCCGAGCCGUCCCUCGGGGUGUCCGGCCUAGCUUCCAGAGCUCUGCACCCCGAGCCAGCCCCUCCGGUCACCAGUCUCCCUCCCUGUCGUCCCUCCUUUUCCCCCUCAGGGAGGACCAGCCGUGGGCCCGGCCCCCUCCCUCCUUCUGGGCCAGCCGGGAUCGGGCCUGGCGAGCCUUCCCACGAGGCCGGUGCUAGCUCCACUCCUGCAUGCCUACGAGCUCCCCAAGGAGAGGGGUUCCACGGCCUCCCCCAAGCCCCCACCCAGGGCUGCCCUGACCUCCGACCCUGGCACUAGGACGGGACGGCCAACCUCACCUAGAAUCAAUCGCGGUUUGUUUUUCUGUGGAAAAAAAUGAUUUUUACGCCGGAGCGAACGAAUGUUUGUGUGAAAGGAGAGGCCUGCGGGGGGCGGGGGGGCCGAGAGCCCCACUCUGUAGGGCUCGGAGGCUAUUAAAGGACAGAAAUCCA